CGGGCCGCGGCGGGGCGCGGACUACGCUCUCCAGGGCGCCCCGGGGCGCCGCCGCCGUGCGCAGGCGCCGGCCCGGGCGGUCCGUGUUGUUUUGUGGCGGCGUCACCGGCGGUCCCGCCGGCGUUCCGUCGUCCGCGGCGGGCCCCGCGCUCAGCGUGCUUUGAAAAUGUCUGAAAACUACAGUGACAGCGAUUCCUCCUGUGGCUGGACUGUCAUCAAUCAUGAGGGUUCUGACAUAGAGACGGUGAUUUCAGAAAAUGGAAGCUCAAAUGAUAACCAUGAGUUUGUUUCUGAAGAAUACGUUUCUCUGCAAGAAGAAGAGCAACCAAUUGAUUUGCAAGCACAGGAUAGCACUGAUGGAGAGGUACCAGUGGUAGAUAAUACUCUCUCUGCUUUUGAGGAAACUCAAACAGUUCCAGAGGAAAGAAAAGAAAGAGUCCAUGAUGAUAGUUCCUGUAUAGGAGCAAUUAGUGAUGAUUCUGACAUUGUUACACUUGAAGCUCCAAAAGGGGAAGAACCUCCAAGUCAGGAGGAAGCCCCAGCUGAUGGUGAAGAAGCUCACAGUUCAGAGGAUUUUAACAUGGGUUCCUCCUCUAGCAGUCAGUAUGCAUUUUCCCAACCAGAAACUGUUUUUCCAUCUCAGGCUAGCAAUGAUGAAUCAAGUAGCGAUGAAACCAGCGAUCAGUCCAGUCCUACAGUACGAAGGCGCCGGACUAAGAGGAGGCUGAUCUCUUGCUCUGAGGCUGAGAGUGCGUCGCCUGUUGAUCCAGAGCCUGAACCUCCCCAAGAGCAACAACACAAGCGCCAGUUCAGUAGUGGCCUUAAUAGAUGCAUCAUUCUGGCUUUGGUGAUUGCAAUCAGCAUGGGCUUUGGACACUUCUAUGGUAAACCUGAAGGUACAAUACAGAUCCAGAAACGUCAGCAGCUGGUAACAAAGACACGUGAAUUGAAAGAUGACCUUUACCAGUGCCAACAAGAACAAGGAGAUAAAGUGGGGUCACUCAGGGGAGAUCUUGCCACAUGUUUGACCUCUACUGAGGUGGAGAAGAAAUCCUUUGAAUCACAAAAAAAAAGUCUUGCUGCAGAAAAUCAGCACUUAAGAGAAUCUCUAGAGAAGGAAGAAAAAGCUUUGGUCUCACUUCAGGAAGAACUAAGGAAGCUAAGACAACAAAUAAGAAACUUAGAAGACAAAGGUACUAGUACUGAGUCUAUUGUCAUGGAAAAUCAGAAACUAAGGGAACAUUUGGAAGAGGAAAAGCAAAGAAACCAUAACUUUCGUAGGCAAAAGGAAACACUCUUUGCAGAGGCACAGAUGUUAAGAAGAGAACUGGAUAAAGAACGUCAUAUUACAGAAACUCUGAAGAAAGAACUGGAACAGCUAAGUUCUCGUCGAACACCUGACAGUGUUAAUGAUGAUGACACAUUAAGAGAAAAUCAAGAAAUAGAAACUCUGCGAGGAAGACUAGUAGAACUGGAAAAAAAGCUAAAUUUUGAGCAACAGCGCUCUGACUUAUGGGAGAAGUUGUAUGUUGAAGCAAAAGAUCAAACUGAAAAACAAGAAAUGAACGAAAAGGGACAGAAGAGAGGUGCUAAAGGACAAAGUAAAUCUAAAAAGAGAUCAAAAGAAUCAUUUUUUGGCUCAGUUAAAGAAACUUUUGAUGUUAUGAAAAAUUCCGCCAAAGAGUUCGUUAGACACCAUAAAGAAAAGAUUAAGCAGGCUAAAGAAGCAGUAAAAGAAAAGCUGAAAAAAUUCUCUGAUUCUGUAAAGUCCACGUUCAGACACUUCAAAGAUACCACAAAAACCAUCUUGGAUGAAAAGGAGAAAAAGUCAAAUGAAAAAAAAUACGAGGCAAACAGGAAAGCUCGAACUUUUUACCGAGAACAGAACUCUUAUGAGAAUCUGAAGCACACGCAUUACAGGAGACCCAGCAUGCCAAAAGAUUUCAAAGAUGGAAGAAAGCAUCCGUUUACAACAUUUGAAAAAGAUACGGAUUCACAGAAAUGUCUCAGUGAUCCUAUGUGUAGUAGAAAACAUCAGUUUGACCUAAAGGGCUGUUCUGGUAUUUUUGAAUGUGCUAAUCAAGAAUUCAUUAGUCUCUUUAACAGAGUAUCAGAUCCUAUUGGAGUGGAUGAAUUUAAUCGGCUAAUGAGAAAGUAUUUGCAACAAGUUGUACAUAACUUCCGUCACUGGAGAGAACUGGAGAAUUUCAUCAAUAAGUUUUUUCAUAAUGGGUUUUUUAUACAUGACCAGAUGCUGUUCACUGAUUUUGUUAAUGAUGUCAAGGAUUACCUGGAAGAUAUGAAGGAGUACCAAAAUAAGAAUGAGAAGGUUUUUGAUGAUUUGGACAAGUACAUCUACAGAUACUACUUUCAGUAUGAUAAUUCACCCCAAUAUGGACCCAGUCGACCUAAAAGGCCUUCUUUUACACAAACUGAAAAUCCCAGACAUGAAAAACAAGCUCAGAAGUACCACCACCGUAAUAAAAGAGAAGGUAAAUGGCAUAAACAUGGUCGCACUAAUGGAAGACACAUGGCAAAUCUUGAAAUAGAAUUGGGGCAAUUACCCUUUGAUCCAAAAUACUAAGUAAUUUAUGGUUUAAAAAAAAAAAUUAGACUUAAUAAUUCACAUGUUCUCUGGAAACUAAUUGUUUUUCAGCAAAGCAGUGAGAUACAAGUUUCUCUAGAUAAUUUGAUUUUUACAAAUUCUUGUUAAAAGGCAGGAGUCAAUCUUUCUAAUUUGCAUACUUGGUAUUGUUGCUUUAACUGUUCUUUGGAAGCAAUGAUACUUUGGCUACCAGUGGUAUUGUUACAGAAACUAGGCAUGCAAUGACUUGCGUAUGAAAAAUAUGCUUAAUUGCAUUCCAUUAGUAUAGUUCAAGCUUGAGUCAUGCAUAAUGUACCAAUAAUUAACUUCAGUGUUUGAUAUACUAACUUCAUCUCAUCCUUAAAAAAAAACAACAAAAAAAACCAGUCUACAUUAUGGUAAUGUAUUUGUUAGUGUUUUGUAAUCUUAUACUUGCUUCUUGUUUUUUUUUGGGGGGGGGGCUAUGAGCCUGUUGAAUUGUCAAGAAUUUGCUGUGCUGCAUUCUAAUCAGCUUGCUGAUUUAAGCACUUGAAAUAUUUUGCAUAUCUGCAUAUUGUGGAAGAAAAAUAAAGAGACAGUGUGGGUAAAAGUCUUUAUUUAUAAAAAGAAAUAAAUCUAGCAUAGCUGUACAGUUCUAUAAA